AUGGCGGCAACCCCUUCCUCUCCACCACAGCCGGAUGUGGAUAGUCCGGCCAGGAGCAGCAAGAGCAAGAAGGAGGAAGAGCAGGAGAAGCGCUUGGCUGAGGCCAAGCGCCAGAUCAAGGAGCUAGAGUCGCAGGUGGUGAUCAAGAGCCGUCAGGAGCUGAAGGAUUCCGCCAAAGCCUUCAGGGACCAGAAUGCUUGCACGCUCUACGAUGAGACUACGAACAAGUACAAGUACAGGUCCUGCUGUGGGACGAAAGUAUCCGACCUGGGCGUGUAUGGUGUCGGAGUAUCGCUCUACUUCCAGUUCAUUCGGCAGAUGGGCAUUGUUUUCCUUCUAUGCGCCAUUGUGUUGGGCCCAAACUUGGCCCUCAACAUCAUGGGUAACAUGGUGAAUGAGAACAGCGCUCUGUACAAGUACCUGGGCAUGACCACGAUUGGGAACCUUGGCGCCUGUGAGGGCGGCCUAUGUGAGUCCGAUGAGGAAGUGCGGAAUCGGUGCCUUUGGGAUGCCUGGCCCUGCGAAGUGACGCUGAAGGAAGUCACGCAGUGGCUGGGCAUGGCUGAUGGCAUUGGCAUCCUCCUGGUCCUUGGCUGGGGAAUAUUCUUCCAAGCCUGCCACAUCCCUCGUACAGUCAGGGCAACCGAUGAUGCCAACGUCACGCCUUCUGACUUCGCUAUCGACAUCCCAGUUUUGCCCUACGAGCUCAAAGAGGGUCACAGGCAGUACGAGGAGAAGCUUCGAAACCAUUUCCUGGAGGUCUUGAAGAGGCUUGGCUUCGAAGACCCAGAUGCGAUUGUGGAGGUGUGCCUUGUCCGUGACUACCAGGGGGCGAUCAGCACCUUCCUGGCAAAGGGAGAUUUGAUCCUGGCUCAGCAGGGAGAUGUCAUCCGCAUGAAGGAGCUGGAGGGUAAGGAUGACUCCAGUAGCAAAGCCAAGCAUGCCAAGUUGGAGAAAGCCUCAAUCGCCAAGUACAACAAAAUGUUGCGCAUGGAUCGCAGCAUUAGGACCCAGGCAGCGAAAAGCGACGAUCAGCGUGGUGUUGUUCGUGCUUUCGUAACCUUCGCAAAGGAGACUUACAAGAAUGCGGUUAUGGACGAGUACCGCUUCUCUCAGUUCACACUGUUCCGCUGCUGUCAGGGUGAGCCACGGAGGUUUGAGGGUCGUGCGCUCAAGAUUCGCGGCGCCUGUGAGCCGAGUGACCUGUACUGGGAAAACUUGGACUUUGCCUGGUGGAAGCGCGCCUGCCGGGUUUGCGUGGUCGUCUUGCUGACCCUGAUCUUCCUGAUCAUCUGUGCUGCCAGCCUGGUCUACUUCCAGUCGCUGUCAAAGUCCACGCUGGCCAGCCUCAACGAGAAUGUUGCCUGGGUGGUCAAGGCAGGGAAUACCACAGAGUGCUUGAGCUUCUGCGACAUCGAGCUCUUCUCUGACAGGCUCUGCUCUAGCAAUGGUGACACGUCCAAGACUUGGUCCACUGUGAAGGUCUUUGACCAGUUCACGGACUAUGACAACGGUUACAGCUGGAGCCAGACCUGUAGCAACCCAUGGGACUCGAAGUGCAGUAAUGCAACCAGGCUUUCCGAUGUGCAAGCCUGUGGCGGGAACUCUGCCUCCAUGAACUGGAUUGGCUUUCAGUUUGCCAAUACCCAGCAAAUACAGUGCUGGGCUGCUACCCUCACCAAACAGAUCCCGGAGGUCCAGGUUUUUGGCUGCCCUGUGCCCCCAGCAGACGUGAACGAACGGGCAUGCUGGCUUGUAGAGGAGAAUUGUGCCCCCAUGUACCCCAACACCCUCCAGCCUGUCAGCGGGACCUGGACGGCCCGCGACAACAAGAUCGCAGCAGACAUGUCAUGUUCUUUGGACAUUGAGUUGGAGGUGGCCAGAGAGAGGUGGUCCAGCUUCGGAGCUGGGUCUACCGAGCGGGUGUCCAACCCCAUCAUCAACUGCUUCUGCCAGCAGCAGGUGCUGAACAAGGGGCCGGAAUUCCUGCUCCCCCCCUACGACACAGAGGAGAAGAAAGUCUGUGAAGAUUGGCUCGUCGACAACAGCCUGAAGGUUGCGAAGGUAAUCGGGGCUGCUGCCGCUGUGCUGGUGAUCAAUCAGCUCCUCUUGCUGAUCUAUGAGUUCUUGGUGGCCUUUGAGAGGCAUAGCACAGUCACAGAGGUUGCGCAGAGCCAAUUCUGGAAGUUGUUUCUGGCCCAGAUGGUGAACACAGCCCUGCUGGUGCUGCUGGUCAACGCCUCUCUGGACCUCCCUGAGGUCUUACUGCCUUUGAGGAUCCUGCAGAUCGGAACCGGCCAGUUUGACGAACUCUCCGUCUCUUGGUACAUCUCCGUGGGUACAGGCAUCUGCCUGACCAUCUUCAUGCAGGUCUUCAGCACCACGGUCCCUCCUCUGAUCAUGGCUUUCGUGGUAGGGCCCUGCUUGCAGUGCAUCUUCUCUCGGGGAGAGGUCGUGGAGGCACGGCUAAACAAGAUCUACCAGCUUCCGAAGUGGAACCUCUCACUCAGAAUGGCUCAGACCCUGACUGUGAUCUUCGUGAUUUGCAUGUACUCUGGGGGCAUGCCUAUCCUCUACUUCGUAGGAUUCAUCUACAGCAUUGUUGCCUUCUGGUUGGACAAAUGGUGCCUGCUCCAUGGUUCCUCCAAGCCUCCGGCCUACAAUCAGGCCAUCGUAAACACAUGCCUCAAUUUCCUUCCACUGGCAGCCUUCUUCCACACUGUGAUUGCAGGCUGGAGCUGGGGUAAUCAGACCCUGGUUCCCAGCGAGUGGAGCAGCCUUUUCUUUGUGGUGGAAAUCAUUUUCGGCAAGUCCAAGGACGACUACGAGGCCAUCGUCAGCGCCUACAACGCAGCCCCCGCAAGGGACAAGCCGAGCAUGCAGUGGGACUACUAUGAGGCGCGGAUGAUGGACAUGGCCAGAGAAGGUUCAUGGUUGAUCUUCUGCACUUUCCUGGCUUUUGUGGUCUACUACGUUCUCCUUUGGACUUAUAAGCUGAUAAUGAAGCCUUUCCUGUCCCCCAUAUGCUUUGCCUUGCGAGAGUGCUGCUGCAGCUGUAUGGGCCGCCGUGCUUCAGUUGGGGAUGCAUCCUGGGACACCUGCGUCCAGGAAUGCCGAAAGCACAGCACCCUCACCUCCUACCUGCUCAAGAACAAUCCAGCCUACCACUCAGCGGCAGUGGCAAUUGCGCAUGGAGACCUGAGACUAUCAAGAAAUGAGGACGCCCCGGAAGAGGCUGUGCUUUAA